UGACGAGGAAGACCUUAAAUUUCUAUGCUUGUACCACUAUCACGGUUGGGAAGACAGCAUAUGUUUGACGUUGCUCUGGCAGCUAGGUAGCUACGCUACUAGCUAGUCUGAAAAAUCUGAUCCAUCCAGAAGAUGGGGCUGCUGUCCAACACCCCGGUGCACCACGCCGUGCCGGACGAGUACGUCCUGCCGCCGGAGAAGCGCCCCGAACCCGACGAGCUUGUCGAUCCCAUGGUCACCCUGCCUGUCAUCGACCUCGCCGCCGGCCGCCGUCGCCACCUCGUCGUCAAUGAGAUCAUCAAGGCCGGCAAAGAGUUCGGCUUCUUCCAGGUUGUGAACCAUGGCGUGGGCGACGAGGUGGUCGGGGCGUUCCGGUCCGCGGCGGCGGAGUUCUUCGCCAUGCCGGCGGAGGAGAAGCUCCCCUACUACUCCGACGACCUCACCAAACCGUUCCGCGUCGACACCAGCACCACCUACGUCCUCGACCGUAGCUGCGGCGGUCGGUACUGGCGCGACUACCUCCAGCUGCAGUGCUUCCCCGUCGACAGGUUCUCGCAGGACUGGCCGGCCGAGCCAGCCGCCUUCGUGCCCAGCCUGGCCGCGUACGCCACAGCGGUGCAGACGCUGGCCGCCACGUUGCUCGGGCUCAUCGCCGAGGGGCUCGGGCUGGAGGAGAGCUUCUUCCGCGGCGAGCUCAGCGGCGGCGGGACGCUGAUGAACGUGAACUGGUACCCGCCGUGCCCGGACCCGAGCCUGACGCUGGGCCUGCUGCCGCACUGCGACCGACCACUCCUGACCGUGCUGUCGCAGGGCGACGUCAGCGGCCUCCAGGCCAAGCACAAGGGCCGGUGGAUCGCCGUGCAGCCCGUCCCAAACGCUUUCGUCAUCAACUUCGGCCACCUGAUGGAGAUCGUGACCAACGGGUUGCUUCAGAGCGUAGAGCACCGCGCAGUGACCAACUCCAGUGCGGCGAGGUUGUCGGUGGUGACCAUCAUGUUGCCGGACAUGGACUGCCGCAUCGAGCCCGCGCCGGCGCUGGUGACCGAGGGGGAGCAGGCCAAGUUCAGGCCGUUCCUCUUCCGGGAGUUCAACGAGGCGUACGCCGCCGCCGCAGCCAACCGGGAGGACGUGCUCCAGCGCUUUAGGAUCUACCCUGCUGGUACAAUGGAGUGACCGGCCGGCUACUUGCUUUGCAUGGUUCCAGCCAUUAACGGCUCCACUAAACUUUUCUUAAUUUAUUUUUUAUCAGUUUGGAGGUGUCUUAUAAGUUGGUUCUCCUCCCUUCAA